UCCUCUUUCUUCUUCCCCCUUAUCUUUUGUUUUCUCAAACGUAUUUUUCAGUCUUUUCUUUUACUCACUCACUAUUUAAAACCCUUCCCUCAUUCUCUCUCACCUUCCUUCUCCCCCUCUCUCUCUCUCUCUCUCUCCUUGAAAAUAAGAAGUUCCCAAAGAGAAAAGAAGGGAAAACCAGAAGGCCCUCUUCUCUACAGAUGGAGUUGUAGUAGUUUUUAGUACUAGUACUUUUUUUUUUGGAGUAGUUUUUGCUGUUUAGUAGUAGCAGUAGUAGUAGUAGAAGUGGUAGCAGCAGCCCUUUCCCUGCACUUCUUCGCCUUCAACUUCAACUUCAACUCUCUCUUUCUUACUUCACUCGGUCUCAUUCUCUGUCUGUCUCUCUCUGUCUGUGUGUCUCACAUAGUAGUAACAGACACUAAAAUAGGAGUCAUCAUGGAUACUUAUGAAGCAACAAAAAUAGUGCUGUCGAGGAUCCAAAGUUUGGAUCCAGAAAACGCUUCAAGAAUCACAGGUUAUAUACUGAUACAAGACCAGGGAGAGAAAGAGAUGAUAAGAUUGGCCUUCAGUCCAGAAUCCCUUUUGCUCUCUUAUGUCAACCAAGCCAAAGUUUGUUUAGGAAUUUCGUCAAACACUUGUUCUACACCCUCCACACCUUCCUCUCCUUCCCCUUUUAGCAGCAACAGUAAUCCCAUCCCAAGUUCUAGGCCCAACCCAUUUUCCCAGACAUCCCCUAGAAUCAUUAUCCCAAAUAAUAAUAGGUUCCAUUUGGGGGCAAACAACACCACCUCUUCACCCUCUUCCCCAUGGUCUACUUCUUCGAGAAGCUCUAGAUCAGCAGCAGCAGCAGCGUCUUAUGCUGCUGUGGUUAAUGGAGGUGGGGGAGCGUCUACUAAUACUGCUUCUGGGUCCUCAAGUCCUUCACUCUCUUUGCCCUUUUUCAACAAUAAUGGUAGUGAUUUGAGUGGUGAUGAGUUUGGGAACAUUCAAGUUCAAGAUCAGUUGUCAUUUCUUGAGGAAUCUUUGGAUCCAAUUGUUAGCCCCAGUGGAAGGAGUGAUUCUGUGCUUUUUCCUUAUGGGAAUUGCGAGGACAGCCCGGCCCACCAUCACCACCAGCAGUUACAUAGGAGGAGCUGUUCUGUUAAUGAUGUUUUUCUUGGUGGUGAUGACGCUGGAGGUGGUGGAAAUGGUGGGUUUGGUUGGAGACCAUGUUUGUAUUUUGCAAGAGGCUUUUGCAAGAAUGGCAACAGUUGCAAGUUCCUGCAUGGUGGUGGUGAUUCUACUUCACCUGAUAGUGGUGGUGGUCUUGGGCCUAUGAUGGUGGGGUCUCCAAGCAAGAUUGAUGGCAUUGAUGAGUUGCUUAGACUCAAGGCCCUUCAGCAGCAGAGGUUUGCUGCUGCUCAGCAGCUACUGGCAUCUGGGGCGCCUCCCCCUUUUGCUUACAACAAGUGCAUGAACUUCUUGAACGAUAAUCAGAGAUCGGCUGCCGCUGCAUUGAUGAUGGGUGAUGAAUUCCACAAAUUUGGUCGGUGUCGACCAGAUAGGAGUGAAUUUUCGGCAAUGGGAUUGGGAGGAAGUGCUAGUUCAGCUUCCCGACAGAUUUACUUGACUUUUCCUGCUGAUAGUACAUUCAAGGAAGAGGAUGUUUCUAAUUACUUUAGCAUGUUUGGGCCAGUGCAAGAUGUUAGAAUCCCGUAUCAACAAAAAAGGAUGUUUGGAUUUGUUACAUUUGUCUACCCGGAGACUGUGAAGCAGAUCUUGGCCAAAGGAAAUCCACAUUUUGUGUGUGAUUCGCGAGUGCUUGUCAAGCCCUACAAAGAAAAAGGAAAAGUCCCCGACAAGAAGCAGCAUCAACAGCAACAGCCGCAUCUGGAUAGAGGAGAUUUUUCUGGGUGUUUGAGUCCUUCAGGACUCGAGUCUAGGGAACCUUAUGACCUUCCCUUCGGUGCAAGGAUGUUUUAUAAUACACAAGAAAUACUGUUGAGGAGAAAGCUAGAGCAGGAGGCAGAAUUGCAUCAAGCGCUCGAGUUUCAGGGAAGAAGGCUGUUUAAUAUGAGAUUUAUGGAAAAGAAUCAGGGUCAACAAUUGCAGCCUGGCACAUUGCAAGGUGUUUCCAUCCCUUCUCCAAGUCAGCCUCUGUCUCAAAUCAAUCAAGAUCUCAUUCUUCCAUCUGAUGGCAUCAAUUUAGAAGUUCCAGAAGAGGUUAAUGGUAACCUAGAAGCUGCUAACUCUCCUCCAGCUACAACUGAUGAGCGGGUGCUUCAGGAAGCAUCUGAAGCUCUCAGCAGCGGUAGUGACUCUGGUAACAAAGAAGAGAACACCAAGGUUGAAGAAUCUGAUACACAUGAAAGCUUGGAGAACAUUCUUCCUGAUAACCUCUUUGCUUCUCCGACUAAAUCAACUGCUGAACUCCACUCCUCAUUUGCUACACCUUCAGCUAGUGCUGAUGAAAUUUCCCCAAUAACAUCAUCUUCUAACUACAUCCCAAUGCUGGCCCCAACUCCUACCCUUAGCAUGGCUUCUCUUAAAUCAUGUUACUUCCAAAUGCCAAGGUUUUCAUCUGGGCAAGAAGCCACUGAAAUUUAGGUGCUAGGAGUGAAAGAUGGCUAGCAAGGAGUGUUUAACUUUAGCUUUUGAAAAAGUUGAGUAGCUAGCAUAUACAAGAAGUAAAAGUCCUCUAGCUGUAUAGCCAAACCAUACCCACAACAGAAGAAAAGAUCUGUAAGGAAGAUCUCCCCAAGAUUAUUGUCAUCAUCAAUACCAUACUACUUACAACAAUACAUAAUGCAUACAUAAAGGACAGAUGAACUGAUUUAUGGGAGUGGGGUCUAUCUUUGUUUAAUUUGUACCCUCUCUGUAGUAGUGUGCUGGACCACACAGAACAAUAGUAGCAUAACAAAGGCAGUAGUAACUUUUUAUCAUACAAUAUGUUUAUUUACUCUU